AUGUCUCUUUCAAACAAUAAUGAUGAAAAUGGUGAACAGGAUUUAAGUGAUGGAUGGUCAAAAGUUGAAGAUGAAGGUCAAUCGAGUUCGUUAAGUGAUGAUAUAACUAGACAAAGUUUAAAUGUGACUGGAGAGAGUGACAAAAGUGUUAGAAACCAAUCGACGUCAUAUUCGUCGUCAAGGGCCAAUAGUUGGAUUAAUCUUCUUGGAGUUCGAAACAAACCAGACCCCCUCACAGACUGGGAUAAUCUUUACAAUUUGAAAAACCAAUCAUUAUUGAGAAAGGAUUGCCAAAAAUUAAUACAACAAAGAAGCAAUAUUUCUUCAAGAUGGACUGUGCCUGAAAUUGAAAGCCUUAUGACUUUAUAUUGUAAAAGACGAAAUGUUGGUUAUGAACAAGACAAAGGAUGGUUAGAAAUACUGGGAAAAUUGUUGGAAUUCCCUUUCGAUAAAUGCAACCUUUUUAAUGUUUUUUGGGCUAUUACAACGAAAUAUAUUCCGAGAUCACCAAAAAUGUUUGAUUUAUUACGCCUUUUAAUGCAAUACCAUGACCCUCAACUUUGCUCAUUUUUGGAUUCCUUCAAAAUUCAAUCAUCAGAAUUUACAAGUUUUUGGCUUCGGACUUUGUUAUGUGUAAAUAUGGAUGAUGAUUUGUGUAAUUUACUUUGGGAUAGAUAUUUUGAAAAGGGAGACCCUUUCCUUAUUUUCUUCGUUUCUUUGGCUUUUGUACAAAGUGUAAAGGAUGAAAUACUUUUAUUAACUGAACGUGACAAAAUUCUUAAUUUACUCAAAGAUAUUCCAAGCAAAAUGACAAGAGAUGACUUAACUGAUCUACUUGAAAUUUGUUCUGUUCACUUAAAUUUGACACCGAUUUCCGUGCGAGAGGUUUUUUAA